AUGACCAAGUCAAACGUCAACAGACCCAUGAACGCCGAGUUCAGGGAGAAAGAUAUCAAUAAAAAAUUGCAGUUAUACGGCAUAUACUCGGCGUUUAAAAAUGGAAAAGUGCCAUCGAACAAACAAAUCGACAUUGCCUUGAAUAGUGCUUUGGAAUCCAAAGCCCUUGCGACGCCGUCAGACAAGCUUUCGGAAGAGGGCCGUGUCAUCGUACGUGAUAUUCGCGAUGUUAUCACGCAUACGCGAAAUCUUGCUCUGGUCAAGAACGAAGGCAAUCUCCUGCAGGAGUUUAUCUGGGAUGCCGAACGCUUCAAACGCCCCGAAAUCGCGACUCCAGAGAAGCCGUUCGACAAAGAGGGUGCCAAACAACAUGGCCAGCAGGUCACUGAAGGUUUAAAGACACUAGGAACACUCUUGGUUACUAAUGGCGAAUUCAGGAAACUCUUGAACGACGCUACCCUGCUGAUCCGUGAUAUGGCCAGCGACUCUGCACAGAAGGCUGCCAAUUUCAUCAGACCACCUGCGGAUCAGCUUUCCCAGAUUGACCAGCCUGCAGCAGAAAAUGUGUGGCAUGAAAGACCUGAUAUGUCCAAAGACGGCCUGAAAGCCCGUUGGAAGCAAAGAACUCAAAAAGACAAGGAGAGCGGAGGUGUCGAACCUCAAAACGGUGCCGCCAACGGUGACAUGACAGCAGAAGUAAAAGAAGAAGCCAACAAGCGCCGCCGUGAAAUGACUGAAAAGACUAAGGAAUUCCUCGCCACGAAAAUGCCGCAAGAACGCCGAGAACAGACCGUUUGGCGCAUGAAGAAAAUGAUUGUGGAGAUUCAGGGCCAUUCGGACUAUCAACAAGCUAUUGAAACGCUUCUCAGUCUCGCUGAGACCUACACUGGUCACACCAAGGAUCUAUCCAAACAAGGAUUAGGCAACUUGAAGGGCGCUAGGAACGAGUCGUCCGAUCUCAAGAGAUUAGAGGCUAACUUGAAGGUUCUAAUUGAGCGUUUUGCCAACAGCACGUCCCUCGAUGACUUGUUUGAUUCUAUCAACAAGUUUUAUCGAAAUGCUGAAAAGGAUCCACGACUACGAGAAUGGUUCCAGGCUGUCAAUUUCUUCAUUCGCCGUUGUCUGCAAGAGCAAGGCUUUGUGUUGCAGGAAGCAUCCAAUGAGGAAUGGAGAAGAUUGUAUGAUGAAGGGCAAUACCUUUUCCGGGACCGCUAUCGUGACGACAGCAAUCGCCUUGUCGGCGAGGUAAAAUUCAUGGGUGAACAAUUCGACCAAGACCCCCUCAACAAGCAGUUUUCCACCUCUAUGCAAAAGUUGUUCACCGAUCUGGGUACCGACAGAGAAGGAAAAGUUGUUUUUAAGAAGAAUCUCUUGAAUGAUUUUGCAACUGUUGUGGUGCCGGGUUUCUUUGAAAACCUCCACUACAUUCCAAUUCCUCGCAUCGAAGUGUCUGACCCAAUGAUUGAUGUGAUUGUUGAAAACCUUGCCAUCGAGAGCGACAACCUAAUGCCGAAUAUUGUCGAGUUUGGCAGUGACAAUUACUGGCGCUGGGGACGCAAGAAGUUUACUAAUAAGCACGACAAUAAGAUGCUGAUCUCUGCCACUGGAAUUCAAGCUGAUUUGAGGGAUGUUAGCUACUAUAUCAAAAAGAAGCAGGGAUUUCCCAAGAUUUCUGACACAGGUGUGAUGGACAUUUAUCUCGGUGGCGAAGGAUUUAGCUGUAAGAUCAUCGGAUCGACAUGUCAACCCAAUGACAAACAACAUUUCUUUAAGGCCGAUAAAGUCCAGGUCGCUAUCAAGAACCUUGACAUCCGACUCAAGCAGUCGAAGCACAAGUUGUUGUUUAGUAUCUUCAGGCCCCUACUGUUUUCGUUGGUUCGCCCAGCGAUUCAAAAGGCGUUGGAGAAGCAGAUCCGCGACUCGUUUACGAAGGCGGACGCAUUUGCCUACGAUAUUCACAAGGAAGCUAACCGCACGAGGGAAGCGGCUCGUGCUGACCCUGAAGAUAAGAGCAGCAUGUACUCGCAUUACAUUGAGGCAGGCAAAAAGAAGAUGGCAGAGAAGAAAGAGGUAGCUGAAAAACAAGCCCAGGCCAAGUCAAAGCGAGACACGAAGGUCAACAUGGCCGUUACCCAACAUGAUUCCAUAUUCCAGGCGGUCAAACUCCCAGGAGGCAUUUCUUCCAAGGCCACGGAAUACAAAGAGUUGGCUGCCAAGGGUGAUCGCUGGGAAUCUCCUGUUUUCGGAAUCGGCAAGGCCUCUCAGACAAGCAAUCUACCGAAAUUGGCCCCUAUUACCCGAAAACCCCAUCAAAUUGUCGUCAAGCCCCGUGAGCAGGAGACAGCGGAUCGUGCUACUGCCCAACGCGUUGCCCCUGCUCAAUAUGGUGAACCACGCGCUGCUCCCAUGCCUAUUACUCAAGGAGAGCCUAUUGGCUUCGCCAGCCAGCCCCCGACCACCUACCCACCAGGACCAGUAUCGUAUCCUGGACAGGCUGCCCCUGUUGGUGUUACAACUGGUGCUACAGUGAUUGAUGAUGCUGCUCGCGGCGCUUACUCGGCCGGGGCGCAAGGCGCCGCAGCGGCCACCGGCGCUGCAGGAACCGCUGGAACCACUUUUUCAAACGGACUCCAGACCAUUCCUGGUACCAAAGCUCCAGUCCUGUAG